AUGGCUGGACAUGACCGCGCCACGACAUUUGCUGCGACACGUCGACCAAUUCUCACCCUCCAUACUUCCAUCCUUCCCCCGCCCUCCCCGCCCCGCCUUAAGUAUCGCUGCUUGUUGUCUCGACCCAUCCGCUCAGCCGCCCCUCAUCUCCCCCUCCCCCCCCCCCUCUUACCCGGCAAUGAGCGCCGCCACCGGCGCGGUGCGCGCCUCCGCGCAGCUACACCGCGCCCUCCAAGCGUGCGCGCGGCCGCGCGGCGCCGCGUCGUCGCUGCGCCAGCUGUCGUCGUCGUCGUCGUCGUCGUCGUCGUCGUGCGCGGGGCGGCGGCGCCCGCCGCACGCGCGCCGCCACUACGAGCGCCGCGCGGUGCCCUUCUCCGCCGCGGAGCUGUACGCCGUCGUGGCGGACGUGGACGCGUAUUCGGACUUUGUGCCGUGGUGCACGCGGUCCGUCGUCACGCGCCGCGUCGACGAGGCCCAUCUCAUCGCGGACCUCUCCGUCGGCUUCCGCCUCCUGUCCGACACGUACACCAGCGUCGUCACGCUCGACCCGCGCAGAAGCGUCAGCGUCGACGUCCCGGACUCGGCCCUGUUCGAGUACCUCAUCACCGACUGGUCAUUCAAGGAGCGCCGCGAGGGGACCGACCUCGACUUUUAUGUCGAGUUUGCCUUCCGCAACCCGCUCUAUCAGAGAGUUACAGACCUCUUUUUCGAGGAGGUCGUCAAGAAGAUGGUCGGCGCGUUCGAGCAACGCUGCCAUCUCAAGUACCGCCUCGGGGACACCGCCAACCCGCGCGUCUUGCACCGCUGGUGAACCCCUUGUCUACGUUGCGACGCCCGCAUCCCGUCGCGCCCACGCGCUCCCCGGGCACCCAUUUUGUCCCUCAUCUAACACCCACGUCGCCGCCCCAUGUAAAACUUUAUUGCUUAUUCCGUCUCCUCCUGCGCCCGCGUCAGCCGUUGCGCCGCCUCGGCCAAGCCCCCCAUCGACUCUGCGGCCCGGAGCUCCAACGGAAGCCCGUCGUACAUCCGCGCCGACGGCCGUAUCGCCGCGUGCCUUACCGCGCACCGGAACUGCGCGCGCCCCGUCGCCUGCAUCCAGCUCGCGCGCUCCAGCUCCUCCCACUCGAAGAGCAGCGCGUCAGCCUCGCCCCACGCCGCAAAGUCCACCACCCACACGCGCUCGCGCGCCAGGUACACGUCCAUGACGUAUCGGUCGGCACCCUCGAAGCGCCCGUCCACGCGCGUCUGGAAGAAGCCCGUCGCGCGCCGCACCAGCGCGUCCAUCUCGUCCUGGCUCAGCCGCACCGCGCUCUCCGGCGCGCGCGGCGCCACGCCCACCACCUCGCCGUCGCGCACGAAGCACCGCAGCUCCAUGCGCUCGUCCAGGUCGGCCCACUUGCGCAGCGCCAGCGUCGCGCCGCGCGUCGCGUCCACGCGAGCCAGUACGCGCUCCGAGCUCUGCAGCAGCGCCAGCACGUCGUCCGCGCUCGUGCACUUGGUCGAGCGGUGGAAGUUCGCCCACGCGGCGUCGACGGGCGCCACGCACGACAGCUUGGGGGACACCUGCCCGCCGAGCUCGCUGAUGUACGCCUCGAUGGCCGCCUCGAUCCCGGCGUUCGGCGCGGGAGGCGGGGGAGGGGGCAGCUCGUCGACGCUGCCGUCAGACCACUCCACCCGCCUUUGGCCGGACGCGUGGGGCGUGUAGACGGAGCCGGUGAGAAGGGAUGUGAGGUAGGCGGGCGGGAGGUAGAUGAAGCGCGUGCGGGGCGAGUGCCGCAGGAAGUUCGGCAGCCAGACAGACGGCUCGUAGAUCGAGGGGGGGAGCGGAGGGGGCUCCGGGUCGGCGAGGGCGCCUGGCAUGGUAGGAGAGGGGGGGAGUGGAGCUGGUUGUGA